UAACGCUCCACGGCUUUCUCGUGAGCCUCGACGCGUCUCUUGGUCGCGCCACGUUAUAACGGUCGACGAAGCUUUAGGAGGCGGCAGCGGACGGGCCAUCAGCAGCAGGAGUGGAAUGUAUACACAACACAAAGUACGGUCGAACCUUCACGCACUCGCUCCUUACACGAAGCCGACGUGCACGGACAAGCAUCGUCAGUAAUUGAGGCCACCAUGAAGGCCAGUUUCCUGCUCCUGCUCGUGCUGGGAGCCUCGGAGGCGGCCAGGAUCUUGUCCGUCGUGCCGUUCCCGGCCGUCAGCCACCAGGGACCCCUCAGGACGAUGAGUCUCGAACUGGCCAGGAGGGGCCACCAGGUCACCUUCAUCACCACCAACCCGUCCAAGAAAAACAUUGCGAAUUUCACAGAAAUUGACAUAUCUGCCUCAUACAAAUACCUGAGAACAACCUCUGAUUGGAUGGGGAUGGCCCAUUGGACAGCAACUGACAUGGUAUUUUCAUGGAAGCGCCUAGGGGCUGCUCUGUGCGAGGGAGAACUGAGUUCUCCGGAAAUGCAGGAAUUCAUAAAGUCAGCUCCAAAGUUCGACCUGGUUAUUUUGGAACGAUUGCUGACGCCGUGCUUCUACGGAUUAAUUCAUAAAGUGGGCUCCCCGCCUCUCAUCGGAUACAUUACCGUAGGCGCCAUUAUACCCAGCCUCUGGACUGAUGGCAAUCCCAGUAAUCCAGCUUACCUUCCAGACAGCGUGGUCACUUCUUCACACCGUAUGUCAUUCUGGGAGAGACUUUACAUGACAUAUAUAUGGCUAUACACCAAUUAUUACUACUUCUGCGUAAUGAUGCCGGAUCAAGACAAAAUCCAGAGAAAAUAUUUCGGGCCAGACGUUCCAUCGGUUUAUGAAACUGAAAAAAAUUUCAGUUUAAUGCUCAUAAACAAUCACUUCAGUAUAAACUACCCCCGACCGCAUCUGCCAAACAUGAUAGAGCUGACUGGACUGCAUGUGGAAACCGAUUCGCCGCCUCUUCCUAAGGACAUACGAGAUUGGCUGGACGGUGCCGAAUAUGGCGCCGUGUAUUUCAGUCUGGGAUCCACUCUGCAGGCGAGUACGAUGCCAGAAAAUAAAAGGCUGGCGUUCCUCGACGCUUUCAAGAAAAUCCCACAGAGGGUGCUGUGGAAGUGGGAGGCCGACAUGGAUGAUCUGCCACCCAACGUCAAAGUCUCAAAGUGGCUGCCUCAGCAGUCUGUACUGGCACAUCCCAAUGUGUGUGUGUUCAUCACUCAGGGCGGUCUGCAGAGCUUUAACGAGGCAGCCUAUUACGGAGUUCCUCUACUGGGGAUUCCUUUUUUCGGCGACCAGCACCACAACGUGGCGAAAAUGGUCGACGCCGGCAUCGGCAUUGAGCUCAAAUUCUGGGACGUCACGAGAGACUCGAUUGUCGAUGCCAUUCGAAGGCUUACUGAUGAUAAAAGGUUCAACGAAAACAUGAAGCAGUUCUCAGCUGUCUAUCGUGAGCAUAAGGAAGAGAGCCUUCCUAAAGCCAUGUGGUGGAUCGAGUAUGUACUUCGACAUAACGGGGCUCCACAUCUCCGCAGUGCUGCAAGAGACCUGACCUGGUACCAAUACCUGCUUCUAGAUGUCAUUGGCUUUGCGUUGGCUAUUGUAGUCUGCUUUUGUAUAUCUCUAUAUUGUAUAGUUAGGUUUCUGACCUCCACACUACUUCAAUUUAAGAAACUCAAAACCAGUUGAGAACCUAAUAUUGUGUUACACAGAAGUAUCUUUGCAUGUUAAUUUAUUGAAAAACUCUGUGUCUGGAAUGGAAUAGUGAAAUAGAUUCAUGCACACUGAUUCGUAAAGUCUUUGUCAAGAUUGUGUAAUUUGAACUGCAAGGAUAUAACUUUUAAAUCUCAUUUACUUGGCGUCACAGGUGGGAAAAACUGUGAGUGUAUAAAUUCACUGUGUUUGAUGUAAUUUAAACUGCAUGCCAAAUGAAUUUUCUCUUGUUUCCGCAGAUAUUUGCAAUUUUGUUUGUGAAGUGUGUAGGUGGAGUCAGAUCAAACAAAUACAGUGCGUCAUGUCUCUUACGCGACGCCCAGCGUCGUUUUGUUUCCUGUUACAAACAAACUGAUUUCUGCAUACAUUUUUACAGUAUUUCUAAAUAAAGUACUUUAUCAUCUACAGGAUACUUCAUUGAAUAAAAACAUUCCGAAACAGCUAA